UCAAAUAAAGAUAAAAUUAGCUUCCACCCCCACUCCACUUUCUUACACCAUGUUCAUGGACGACGUCUCCCUCGUCACCACUCUCCUUCUCCUCCUCCUCCUCCCCUUCCUCAUCUUUCUCUUCCGCCAGCGCCUCCACGCCGCACCACACCUCCCACUGCCCCCGGGACCCCGUGGCUGGCCGCUCCUCGGCGCGCUCCCCCUCCUCGGCCCCCUCCCCCACGCUGCCCUCGCCGCCCUCGCCAAACGCCACGGCCCCAUCAUGUACCUCAAUAUCGGCACCCUGGGGUUUGCCGUCGCCUCCUCCCCCGCCGCCGCCCGUGCCUUCCUCCAGACCCUCGACCUCCCCUUCGCCUGCCGCCCCCUCAACACCGUCGCCCGCCACGUUUCCUACGGCGGCCAGGACAUCGUCUUCGCCGACUACGGUCCCCUCUGGAAGCUCCUCCGCCGUCUCUCCGCCACCCACCUCCUGGGUCCCCGCGCUCUCUCCCAGUGGGCCGCCACCCGCCGAUCCGAGGCCUGCCGCAUGGUCCGGUCCAUCCUCGACCUGAGUCGCCGGGGCGAGCCGGUCCGGGUCCAGGAGGUGGCAAUGGUGGCGCUGGCUAACAUGCUGGGGCUCGCGAUACUGAGCCGCCGGGUGUUCGACUCGGACGGGGCCGAGUCUGGCCAGUUCAAGAGCAUGGUCUUGGAGUUGAUGAGGGUCGGGGGAUUGGCCAACAUUGGGGACUUAGUGCCGUGCAUCGCGUGGCUGGACGUGCAGGGGAUCGAGCGACGCGCCAAAAGGCUGCACGAGAGAUUCGAUGCGCUGGUGACCCGAAUGCUUAGGGAGCACGCGGACACAGCCGGGCAGCGGGAAGGGAGGCCGGACUACGUCGAUAAUCUCUUGGCAAAUUGCAAAAGCUCGGAGGGUGAGGUGGCGCUCUCCGAUGCCAACAUCAAGGGACUCGUUCUGGAUAUGUUCAUUGCCGGAACGGACACAUCCUCAAUUGCAGUCGAGUGGGCAAUUGCUGAAUUGUUGAAGAACCAUUCCAUUCUCAAGCGCGCGCAUCUCGAGUUGGACGAAGUAAUUGGUAGAGAUCGCAUGCUGGAAGAAUCUGACAUACCAAAGCUCCCAUACCUUCAGGCGAUAUGCGAAGAAGUGCUCCGGAUGCACCCUACUACACCUCUAAGCCUCCCACACUUAUCCAACCAAGCAUGCGAGGUUGAAGGUUACUACAUCCCUAAAGGAACCAGGCUCUUGGUUAAUAUUUGGGCUAUUGGGAGGGAUCCUGAAAUAUGGGAGAACCCACUCGCGUUUAAUCCUGAUAGGUUCUUGAGUGGUAAGCGUGCCAACGUAGGCUUGCAAGGUACUGACUUUGAGCUGAUGCCAUUUGGAGGUGGGAGAAGGAUUUGUGCUGGUAAACAACUGGGCAUCCUUUUCGUGCAAUACAUCGUAGGCACACUUCUGCACUCAUUUGAUUGGAUAAUGCCGGAUGGAGAGGAGCUCAACAUGGAAGAGGCACCUGGCCUUGCACUUCAGAAAGCUGUGCCAGUUAAUGCAUUGGCAAAACCACGUCUAGCCUCUAGUGCAUAUGAUUGACAAGGUUUUGGAUUACCAGCAACGGGUUGGAGCUACGAAAAUACGACUUCCAAUAAGUGGUGCUGCUAAAAGAUAUUAUCAUGGAUUAGCUGACCAUUAGUAUAAGUGACUUUGUGGCUGCGGUCUUGGCUCAUCCUAUAGCAAUGGUUUUUAAUCAUUACUGUAACUUGUUGCAGCAAUUGCUACCGUCGCAAAACAUGCAUAUUAAUGUGUGAUAAUAAUGGACAAUAUGUCUAGUGAUGAUUACGCAAUCAAUGGUUUGUACAGUAUUGGAUAGUUAUAUCCAUCACUAUAAGUGGUUUGUUAAUUAUAUUUGAUAGUUAUAUUUGAUA